AUGUCCCACUACAAAGAACAUGCAGCAAGAGCCUUGGGGCGGAUCUACGACAAGUCCAACACCUAUGCCGAGGACAAUGCCGGCAGAAACAGAGGCAUUGCGGUGGGUACCGCGGCCUCCAUUCUCGAGUUAGGACUCGAGAGAAUGAACAAGGAGAAAGAAGUGGAAGAUCGCAGCCACCCAGAAGCACCCAGACAGCCACAGGGAAGUGACAGCGAUCCGCCAUCUCAUUUUGUGGACAAAUUUCUCGACAGACUCCUCCACCACGCUAUUCCAGACGACCACGACAAGCAUGUGUUGGAGCACCGAUUGAAGGACCCCUCCAGGAAGAAGAAGCCAGGACUCUCGAUUCGGUUGAUUUCGUCCAAUUUCAAGAGAUUGGCCAGCCGUAUGGGAACAUUCUUUGAAGUUCAGUAUGGAAUCAUCCACAUCAUCACCUGGCGCAAGCCUUCCAAGACCCUAACUGCGUUGGUGUUCUACACAGCCACCUGUCUCUGGCCCCAUCUCGUACUCGCAUACCCAAUGUUGUUCCUCUUGUUUGGCGUCAUCAUUCCUGGAUACCUCCACAGACACCCCAUGAGAACACCAGAAAUCAUCAAGGUCAAAAAGCGAGGCCAGUCGUUCUUGAGCUUUUUUGACGGAAAGUUUGAAAGCAGUAUAGUGGAAGACUUACUCAACGAACAUACAGAAACCGAAAUAAGACCACCGUCGUCGUCCAGCGAAACAUCUUCUGUUUUGAGUGAUCUGGAUAUCAUUCAAGACGCUAAAAUAGACAGGGACGAUGCUACCAACAAGACGGGUGCAGUUAAGAGCCAAAUGGCCCUUUUGAUCAACAUGAGAGAUUUGCAGAACUUGACCACCGACCUCUUGAAGGGCUUUGAUGCGGCUGAGAAGUUCUGCUACGAGACUGCUGGGUUUAAGGAUGAGAGAUUAUCUACAUUCAUCUUCUACGGAGUGAUAGGAGCCACGUAUGCAAUUUUGUUCUUGGGUCAGUUCAUUCCGUGGAGAUUGAUUUUUAUCCAGUCUGGAUGGGCGGGUUUAAUUCUCUGUCAUCCUGCUAGCAAGAAGUUCUUGGUGCAAAUCCAAGAAAGAAACAAGGCAUAUCCUGCUCAGGAAAAGAAGAAACAGGUUAAGCAAGAGGGAGAGGUUAAAAAGUUUGAGAGGCAGGAUAUCAUAGUGGACGAGUCUCCUGAGAUCAGAUACGUGGAGAUUUUCGAGUUACAGAUGAAGGAUGUCUUAGACACCCAUUGGUCGUUUUAUCAAUAUUCCAAUAACAUAUUCGACACCAAAAACAUCACUAGGCUUGCUCAUAAGAUUCCUAAAGGAGUGGACCAGCUCGCGAAGGUUCAUCCUGUCAAGGACUGGAAAUUCGACUUGGGCUUUGCAAACAAGUGGCAGAUAGACAAAGACCCCAAAAAAUGGUUGAAGUUUAGAUCCUUAGAGAAUCCAAAGGUGUUUGAGGUCCGUGACGACGCAGAAGAGGGCUGGAUUUACGAUGUUAUUACCCUGUUCGACGAGGACAAUGCCGUUGAGUUCAGAAGAAGAAGAUUAUUCAGGGAGUGUUACCGCUACGCGAGACCAGUGAAGGCACCCAAGAAGAUCUAA